AGCCAUGGCAACAGGUCACAACAAAACAUUCCUGCUUCACACAGACACCGGCCGCUGGAAACGAAGAGAGAAAAACAAUUAAACGCCACAAGGGAAGGAAGAUCAAGUUGUAAAGCCCUAAGAAUCGAUACAAAGCGUCAGAAACCUAUAAAAGAGGAAGAAGAGGAGGGAGUUGCGGCGAAGCUUCGACUCUCGGCGGUGAAGCUUCGCGCAGGGCUUCACGCGGGGCAGGCGGGGCAGCGGGCCACCUCACGCCAUCAUGGACCCUCUGUUCCUCGCCCUCAGCUGCUUUAGGCGAAGAAAACUGGACCGUUGCAUCAUUAUUUGCACGGAACUAUUGAGCAAGAAUCCUUAUGACCAGGCGGUGUGGACCCUCAAGACUCGGGCGCUGACAGAGCAGGUGUGGGUGGAUGAGUGUGACGGGGAGGAGGAGGGCCUGGCGGAUGUGCUGAUGGAUGACAACACCAUCGCCUCAGUGGCCCGCCCCGGCACCUCCCUCCGCACAGCCCAGCCGCCCUCCUCAGCAUCCGGCGGCCCCUCACAGACCUUCAGGCCAUCCACACAGUCCGGUCGUCCGCUGAGUGGUGUGGUGCGGCCAGGGUCUCAGGGCGGGCGGCCAGGCACCAUGGACCAGGCCCUCCGCACCUCCCGGACCGCCCAAACCGCCCGUCCUAUUUCAGCCACUUCAGGGCGUCAUGUGCGGCUGGGAACGGCCUCCAUGGUGCAGGUUGGGGAAGGGCCAUUCAUCAACCUGGCGCGACUCAACGUGGCAAAGUACGCUGGCCAGCAGAACAUUGCCAGAGCUCUCUUUGAGUACAUCUACUUCCAUGAGAAUGAUGUCAGGCAUGCGCUGGACCUGGCAGCUCAGGCCACUCAGGUGCUGGAGUUCAAGGACUGGUGGUGGAAGGUGCAGCUUGGUCGCUGCUACUACAGGCUCGGCUUGUUUCGUGAUGCUGAAAAGCAGUUCAAGAGUGCACUGAAGCAGCAAGACAACAUCAGCACAUACCUGCUGCUGGGUCGGGUGUGCAUCCGCCUGGACCAACCCUUGUCAGCCCUCGAGGUGUACCGUGAAGGCCUGGAUAAGUUCCCUGGCGAGGUGACGCUCCUCACGGCCAUGGCAAGAAUUUACGAGGGCCUGCAUGACCUCACCAAGGCCGUCAAGGCUUAUCGGGAUGUUCUGCACCAUGACGCCACCCACGUGGAGGCCAUCGCCUGCACUGCCACCACACAUUUCUACAGUGACCAACCUGAGGUGGCCCUGCGCUUCUAUCGACGCCUCCUCCAGAUGGGCAUCUACAACUGUGAGAUCUUCAACAACCUGGGCCUUUGUUGCUUCUAUGCUCAGCAAUAUGACAUGACCCUCACAUGCUUUGAGAGGGCCCUCAGCCUGGCCACAGAUGAGAGCAUUGCUGAUGUAUGGUACAACUUGGGACACAUUGCUCUAGGCAUUGGGGACAUCAACCUGGCCUACCAGUGCUUCCGCCUGGCCCUGGUGUCAGACAAUGACCACGGAGAGUCCUACAACAACCUGGGGGUCUUGGAGUACCGGCGGGGCAACCUGGAGACAGCCCGGGCUUUCUUCAUGACAGCUGCAAAUCUGUCCCCACACAUGUUCCAACCCCAUUACAACCAUGCCAAGCUGGCACAUAAGGUGGGAGAUCUGCAGACGAGCUUCAUUGUGGUGCAGAAAGCUCUGGGACUGUUUCCGGAGCAUGUUGACUCAAAGGAACUUCUCAAAACUCUUGAAACUCAUUUCCAUACAUUGUAGAAAAAUACAAGGUGAGUUACAUUAUGUGAUUUCAAGUCAGGGCAUCUGUGUAAGUUGGUAGUAAAGUAUUUAACUAACAUAGUGAUUCUUAUUAACCUACCAUGCAUGCUGAUCUCACACUGUACUCCUUUUGUUGAUGACUUUUUUCUUAAUGUGAGUAUGCCUUUAAAAAUAAACAUUUUCAUGGAGCCCACUAGUUGAGCUAAUAUUGAAUUCAUUUAAACUAAAUGAGAAUUAAGUUCAACAUUACAAAAUUCUGGCUGAACAAAUUAUCCUUGGUAGAUAUAUAUGUUCACUUUCAUUUGGGGAUGCAAAAGGCAAAGUCAAGGCUUAGGUUUUGCAUACCACCAGAAUUUUUACAUUCUGAUUUUUAGUAAUGGACAUAUUAUAGAGUACUGAUGUAAGGGUCUCUGUAACAAUAUCAUGUAUGGUAUAUAUUUUUCUAUAUCCACUAAAGUAAAACACUAUAAUGAAAUGCUCACUCCCAUUUUCUGCAUUCCUGUUUUGUGAAAUCACAUUUGGAGUAAAAUGGGAGAUAAGGUGGGAGUGUAAUGAAACUGUCACUUUUGUCAUCCAAAGAGGCACUAGCAUAGCCCAUGUACCCCAUGCAGCAUUGCCCAGCAACUGAGCCAACUGGCAAGUAGACAGUUUUGUCGCAACAUUUGGCAGCCACUAUACAAUGCAGACACAACUGCUCUUAAAACAAACAAACUCAAUAUUGUAUGCAUUUCCAAACUAGGUGUAGAAAUAACCAAAGACAGUCUCAGUUAUUGUUAUCAAUUCUCAGCUGUUGUCUGCAAUUUCAUUUUUCAAUUGUUCCUGUUAUCACUGACAGGUAAUGUGUUUUGUGUGAUUUUGAGGUAAGCAGUGGCAAUUAUGGGUAAUUUUCAUUAAAUCUAAAUGAUUUUACAUGUAUUUAGUCAAAAUAGUAUUACAGCAAACCCUCACUUUUACAGACCUUGAUAUAAUGAAUUUCAGCUUAAACAAACUUUUUGCAGAAAAUGAAACUGACUUACAAGAUUUGGUCAGUGUUUUUGAUAGUGUCUGUAAAAGGAGAAAGCUGAAAGUAAAUGUCAACAAAAGUAAAGUGAUGAUUUGUGAGUGAAGUAGAAGUGAGGUUGUAGAUUUUGUAUGCCCAUAUAGAGUGGGAAUUGAAUGUGAAAAAGAAUGCAAAAUAAUUUUGAAUAGUGAAGAAAUGGAGGAGGUCAAUGAGUUUAAGUACCUUGGAUCAGUUAUGUGUAAGCAUGGUGGUAAUAUUUUGCUCAUAUAUUCAUUCUUAGUGGAGCCUGUGGUAGUAACUUACAAAUGAGAUCAAAUUCCAGAGGAUCUACAACAGGUGGACAAUGAACAGACAUGAACUGUAGGUAAGAUAUUAAUAAGUUUAAGAUUUCUAUUAGUUUAUGUAGGAAGAGUCUAGCAUAGCUUUAUAUAAAGGAGCUGCAACCAGAUUUAAAGGUUAAACAAAAAAGUAAUGAGAAAAGUUGCCAAAGUUAUUAUUUGCUGAGACUCCGGUACAUAGUGUGUGAUGCUUUCCUUGACGAGUCAGGCUCAAUACUCAGCGUCUAUCCAGUGGUGUACAAAAAUUAGGGCAAUGAAUACUAGCUAAUUAUAAUAGUUAACACCUCCACAAAAAAUCAU